AUGAGUUACAACGGUCAGCAUCAGGAUCCGCCGAUUCCAAGACCGACCUCGUCGGGCCGCAUUAUGCUGGAUCAUAAUGCAGGUUCGAACGGGAUUAAUGAGUCGUCAGCGGGACCUUCUAACGCACACUAUCAUCACAGUCACCAUCUAAAUCAACCUGGUGUGUUUUACCCACAAUAUACCGGCUAUGGAUAUCCUCAUGCUCAAUCCCAGGUUCCAUACAAUGGAUAUUACCAGCAGCAACCUCAGAAUUAUGCUCAGUCUUUUUAUGGACCGUCAUAUUAUAAUACACCGGCGCCGGCGCCAUUUUCCUCUGCUCCUGGAUUUCAGAAAUUUGAGCAAGCCGAGUCUGCAGCAUUUUCUCUCUCUCAUGAACCACCGAGUCAUAAUGAGAGCUACCAGACAGAGGGCAAAGAAGACACAGAUCGAUCGGAGACUAAGCCCGUUGAAAAAGCGGGAAAUGGUGCAGUGGAGGCAAAUACAACUGACCCGCCUAUAAAUUCUGCCAAGCGGGAGGAGGAAAAGGUCCAGAUUCAAGGAACUUCAAUCACAUUGGCGUCAGACGAGGAUAUCAAGAAAUGGAGAGAAGAACGUCGCAAAAUGUGGCUCAUGAAGAUCUCGAAUCAACGAGAAAAGCACAAGCUGGAACUUGGCAUGCAAGAAGAGCAGCCAUCCAAGCAACCAUCUUUCCAAAAUGCUAAAAAGGAUCAACAAUUUAUUCAAAACAUACAGAACCAAAUUGGAAGGUACAAUUCCAGCCCAAAUUUGAGUCUCAACUUGGUGCAAAGAACCAUGGCUGAAGAAAAUGCCAAACUACUUAACUUCAUCAAAGAGCUAGGCGAUGCAAAACUGCUUGAAUAUGAACUUAACGACGAAGAAAAGGAGAAGCUGUUUGGCAAUAAUAAGAGAGGAAGACCCAGAAAUGAAUAUAAUAAGCGGUUUGCAAGCGCUCGAAAUGGACCUUCUCGGUACGAUGGAAAUACCAAGAAACAACGCUUCCAACAGCCUAGCGACAAGGGUGUCUGA